CUUGAUUCAACCACUUACUCAAAACAGUCAGUUCAUGCAUCCAACUCAAGACAUCAGAAUAGAGACCGAGCAAUCUAGGUCCUCACCGGGGUACAAGAGCAUAUAGAAAAUGAAAACGAAUCACUCACUCUCGACCAGUGGGGUCAGGACAAUUUUGAUGCGAAAGAUGCGCAUGCUAUUUCUCUCAAUCCCUAUCAUCUCUUCACCA